GAGGGAGAAGGGUCUGCCUUUUCACCUGAAGAUUACUUUGUCUCACACUUCGCUCACCCAGAGCGCUGCAGAGAGGCAAGCCGAUCGGACUUCUCUUACAGAAACCGCCGCCAUCGGAGUCCCGACUGGGGAGAAAAAAAGUGCAACGAGAGGAGAAGAAGAAGUAGUUCUGGGUUUCCUCUUCAGAGAAAGUCUGCUGCGGGAAUCAGAAAAUAAGAGGAAAUAACACGUGAACAGCACAAGUCUGUUCAGCAUCGCUGCAUUUCACAAUGGGGGUCCAAGUGCAUCUUCCAGCCACUGUGGGCAGCUUUUUGCUCCCUGUGACCCUUUGCAUUUUGACCCUUCUGCCUCAAGGCAUCCUGGGUAAAUCAGGAGACGAGGAAAAUACCAGAAGCUCUGCGCUGCUGCAGAGGGUGAAAAGAGGAUGGGUGUGGAAUCAAUUUUUCGUCUUGGAGGAGUACACCGGACUGGAGCCACUUUACAUUGGAAAGCUCCACUCAGACAUGGACAAAGGUGACGGCUCCAUCAAGUACAUUCUGACGGGUGAGGGGGCGGGUACCACCUUCACCAUCGACGAUAGCACCGGGGACAUCCACGCCAUCCAGAGGUUAGACAGGGAAGUGAAGUCGCAGUACGUUCUCCGUGCCCAGGCCCGAAACCGCCUCACAGACCGACCUCUGGAGCCUGAAUCUGAGUUCAUCGUCAAGAUCCAGGACAUCAAUGACAACGAGCCAAAGUUCCUGGAUGGUCCCUACCAGGCCACCGUUCCAGAAAUGUCCAGAAUAGGAACGUCUGUGAUCCAGCUCACUGCCACAGACGCCGACGACCCCACGUAUGGAAACAGCGCUCGUGUCGUCUACAGUAUUCUGGAGGGGCAGCCAUACUUCUCUGUGGACGCAAAAACUGGUGUGGUCCGGGUGUCCUUAGCGGACAUGGAUCGAGAGACCAGGGAGAACUACACCAUCCUGAUCCAGGCUAAAGACAUGGGCGGACAGCUGGGGGGGCUGGCGGGGACCACCACCGUCAACAUCACGCUGAGCGACGUCAACGACAACCCACCUGUGUUUGACCAGCGGUUGUAUCAGAUGAGCGUGCCGGAGUCGGCCCCCGUGGGCUCGGUGGUGGGCCGGAUCUGGGCUAAGGACAGGGACAUUGGGGUCAACGCUGAGAUGAAAUACAGCAUCAUCGACGGAGACGGGAGGGACACGUUUGACAUCAGCACGGACGCCACCAACCUCUUUGGCAUCAUCACCGUAAAAAAGCCUUUAGACUUUGAGAACAAGCCAAGCUACACCCUGAAGGUGGAGGGAGCCAACACCCACCUGGACCCGACCUUGCGGCACCGCGGCCCCUUCAAGGACGUCACCAUCGUUCACGUGAGCGUGGAGGACGUGGACGAGCCCCCGCUGUUCGGCUCGCCGUCGUACUACAUCCAGCUUCUGGAAGACGCCGAGGUCGGGACAGUGGUGAAGACGGUGUCGGCGCGAGAUCCUGACGCUGCAAACAAUACAGUGAGGUACUCCAUUGACAGGAGCAGCGACCCCGAAAAAUUCUUCUACAUUGAAAUCACUUCCGGGGCGCUGAUGACGGUGCGUUCGCUGGACAGAGAGGAGGUGGGAUGGCACAACAUCACAGUCCUGGCCAUGGAGAUGAAUAACCCCACGCAGAUCGCCAGCGUGUCUGUGGCUGUGAGGGUGCUGGACGUCAACGACAAUCCACCGUCACUGUCGCAUUACUUGGAGACGUUUGUGUGUGAAAACGCCAAAGCAGGACAGCUGAUCCAGACCGUGACGGCGGUGGAUCCAGACGAACCUCUGGGGGGCCAACGCUUCUACUACAGCCUGGCUCCGGAGGCCGCCAACAACCCCAACUUCACGCUGAGAGACAACCAAGACAACACAGCGUGGAUCCUGACGCGCCGCGGCGGCUGGUCCCAGCAGGACCAGACCGUCUUCUACCUGCCCAUCUUCGUGUCCGAUGGCGAGCAGCCAAUGCAGACCAGCACCAGUACUUUAACCAUCCGGGUGUGCAGCUGCGACCAGGAGGGAAACGUCAUGUCGUGCAAUGCCGAGGCCUACAGCCUGCCUGCCAGCCUCAGCAAAGGAGCGCUCAUUGCUAUUCUGGCCUGCAUCUUUGUCCUGCUGGUGAUGAUUCUCCUCAUGCUUUCCCUGCGGACACAUCGUAAAAAGCCCUACCUCUGCGACGAGGAGGAAAACGUGCACGAGAACAUUGUACGCUACGACGACGAAGGCGGCGGUGAGGAGGACACCGAGGCCUUCGACAUCGCCGCCAUGUGGAACCCCAGGGAAGUGCACCACCCACUAGGCAAGAUACGGCAGGACAUGAUGCCGGAGAUCGAGAGCCUGUCGCGCUACGUCCCUCAGCCGUGCGUGAUUGGCGUGGGCAGUGGCGAGGACAGCAACGUCCACGGUUAUGUGCUGGCGAAGCUCCUGGAGGCCGACCUGGACCCCUGCGCACCGCCGUACGACUCCCUGCAGACAUACGCUUACGAAGGCGAAGGCUCGGUGGCCGAGUCGCUCAGCUCACUGCAGUCGGGAACAUCGAACGCCGACCAUGAGUACGACUACCUGAAUGACUGGGGGCCACGCUUUAAAAAACUGGCAGAGAUGUACGGAGUGCUGGAGACAAACACGCCUCCCAUGUGGUAGAAGGAGAAGAAAGGCAAAACACAAAUGAGAAGACAAAGCUGGGACGCCGGUAUUCUACAUCCGAAGGCUGGAUUAGCAGCAGCCUUGAAGGCCUUCACGCCUGCAGAGGCAUUCUGAGCUGGGUUCAAAUCUUCUUCAAAGAUGGGCUGAAUUUUGGGGCCUCAUGGGGCCCGGUAGAGGAACAGCUUCAAAGCACAUGUUAACCCCAUCCUCGGGUCUGAAACACCUAGAGACGGAGCCCCUUUGGUUCAAAGUGUUUGAGCUGGAGAUGAAAACUCCCUGCACCACAGAGAUGUUUUCUUCUGACAGAAAGUCAGUGUUUUGAUGUGUUUUUGGUCCUAAUUUACUCCUUUGUUUCAACUUUUGUAUUUAUGUUUUAAUUUAUUUGGGUUCUUCAACUAGCACUGUGCGUAAACUUAAAAAACAUCACAUAUGUUGUGACAGUAGACACCUUUGGUUUGCUAGGAAGGAGCUUUCAAUGCUUCUAAAAGUCCCACCAUUGGUAUAAAUUACCCUUUGAUAUAAAUUACUGGGUUGGACAUUGCAUCACUAUCGUGUCAGUGAUAUUUAUAUCCACUGAGUUGCAAAUAUCGGUUGGGAAAAUGACACGAUCACACAAAGAAUUUUUAAAAAGAACACUAUGUUUUGAUAGGAAGUAGGUCAGUUAUUCUAGCUUGACUUUAACCGCAACAUUCCAAUGUGUUUCGGUUCAACUAUCGUUAAAAUAAGGCAAGCCACGCACCAUUCUGACAGAUCAUCAGUAGAGCAGCUGUGAAACAAUGAAAACAAAUGCUUUUGAGUUGUUUAUCAGUGUUAUCUGCACUGGUGCACUGCAGUUGCUGUAAUUUCUAAAAGUUCAAUGAACAACAGAAGCUGAACUAAAUGCCUUGUUUGUUUGCAGAAUGUCGCAAUAUUCAUAACAAUUAUCAAAAUGGAUUAAAUAUUUCGUAAAGUAUAGCAGCAAUUAUGUAAAAUUAAACUAUUGUCCAAGAUAAAGGAGAAAUUUGUUUAUUCAGUCAAGAUGCAGGAGAGGACUAGAGAAAAACCAAACUAAAUCCAAAUGUACAUCUAGGGAUAAUACAUACUGAACAUAGUAAUACAUUUUCAUAAAAAUCAGAUAAGAAAUAAGGCCGUUUCAAUUUCAAAUGUGGGCUAAACUUCCUCAAUGUUCUGCUAAUGUCAAAAAACCCACAAUUUUGCAACUGCGGUGUUUCCAUUAAAUACGAAUUCAAUUAACACAAUUAAAAUCACACAUGACUAAGUUUGUUCACAGGAGAAGUCCUGAAAAAUUAUGCCAUGCCAUCAUCAUCCUCCUACUACUUCUUUGUUGUUUCUUUCUGGCAGUAGUAACAUCCAGUUGUUGAUCAUGUGAUUCCUGUGAUGCGGAAAAAAAAGUGCUUCCAUUGCAGUUUUGCAAAAUAAACUAAUUUCUAUACAGCCAAAAAAAUUCACUUGAUGUUGGCGCAAAAACAUUUUAAUAAAAAAAAAAAAAAAAGUUCUCUUUUUUCCGUAAUUGUCAUGUUUCCAUUAAGCAAAUUCAUGGAAACGCAGCUGGUACGGCUUGUGGACAUGACUGCAGAGAAAUGGCAACGCUACCUAUACCGGCUAAUAAGUGAUGUCCAAUCCAGUGAUAUACAUCAAUGGUAACGCUGUAUUCUCAUAUGGGUCUUUGAUGUGUUUAUUGUGAUAUUGUCUGUUAUUUUUCACCCUUUUGUAUUAAUUCCCAGUUUUCUUGAAAGCAUAAAGAUGUUGCCAUGAGGCAGGGUGGAGGUUUAUCUCAACAGAAAUCUGAACGAGCACACGACCAAGUCGCCUUUCGUUUCCGAUCCCACCGCCGUGCCAAACGGAGUCCGACAGCAGAGAGGCUCCAACCGUCACGUUGCUUUUCUCUGGUGGAACCCUCCAACCGAUUGGGCUGCAGGGACACUUAUCAACCUGCAAUAAGUGCCAAAUGUAUAAAGAAUAAAAAAGACUUUUAAGAAGAAAAAAAAAAAGAAUCCAAGAGACGGAAAAACCAAAAUAUGAAAUAAGGAUUUUAGAAACUGAGAAAGAUGUAAAAAGUGCUUUUUCAUUAUUGAAUUGGGCAGAUUUACUUGAAUUCAAUAUGGUGAGUCAUACUACACUGAGUGGUAUGUGAAUGUAGAUAUUUUUUGUAUUCUUGUUAAUAAAAGCUUUUUAAAAAAAUGUUUGUUGUUGAACGAUAAUUAAGCCAAAGUUUAGAGUGA